GUUAAUGAGGUUAUGACUGUGUGUUGGGGUGUUUGGCGGUUUUAUCUGUUUUUAACUUUAGAACUAAACAAAUUUCUUUGUUUGGCGGUCGUUUUCCAAAUAACACCAAAUAUUAUAUCAAUUUUACAUUUUUUCAUUUCCAUUUGUUUUUAAUUUGUUUAAUUAUUGUUUAAAAAACUGUUCGUUAGAACACCAUAAUAUUUAAUUACACAAAACUUUGUUUUAGCAAGAAAUUAUGAAUUCAUGUACUCCAUCAAUUUCAACAAACCCUGAAGAAGCUCUCUGCCAUAUUUGCAGCAAAAUAUUUAAAACUCGGUCUUCACUAAAUCGUCAUAUCAAAAAAAUACAUAAAAUAGAUGAGCCGACUAACAAUAUGAAUCAAAAUCACAUUAUUUGUCCCUUAUGUGAGCAAGAUACUAAUUUUAAUAGUCAUGAGAAGUUACGAAAACAUCUCCAGGACCUUCACCAAGUGAGUAUUGAACUUAUAACAUUUGAAUUUUCUAGCAAACAAGAAUAUGAGACAUGGAAAGAUAUGCAGAAAAUUGAGACAAGUUAUGUAUCUCAUAGAACAAUUCGUAGAAAGGAACAUAAGAUAAUGUACUAUGAUUGUAACAGAAGUGACCUACAAGGAUAUAAACCCAACUAUAAAAUUAGGACAGAGAAAGCUGGUGGAUCAAUUAAAAUUAAAGGAGUGUGCCCUUCCAGGCUUAUUUGCAAACUGAGAGACCAAGGACAAGUUUCCGUCAGUUAUUGGAAAACACAUGCUGGACAUAAAGAAGAAUUAAGAACCAUGCAUCUGUCAAAAGCAGAAGAAAAAAUGGUUGUAGAAAAAUUGAUAGCUGGGGUGCCACCCAGUAGAAUUUUAAAAGAUUCAAGAAAGUUGGAAACACCACAACUAGAUAGACUUGCUGUAAUAACAACUCAAGAUCUCACAAAUUUGUCCACAAAGUAUAAUAUACACAAGAAAAGAGAUCAAAAUGAUAUGGUAGCAGCAGCCUUAAAGGUUCAGGAAUGGAAUGCCAACAACAAGAAUUAUGCUUUCUUAUUCAAGAAAGAAGGCCAACAAAGUCCUGCCAGCAGUGAAUCUGCUACAACUGCUAGAGCAUCUAGUGUAGGAGAUCAUGUUUUAUCAAAAAAUCUCGAUCAUUCUUCAAGGAAUGAUCAUAUGUAUAGAUCUUCCGAUGAAGACGAAAUGAAUGCCAGUCCAACGAAUGAUAAUGUGAUGUUUAAAGAAAAGAAAGACUAUUUGAAUCUAGGUUUCACCUAUGACCAUUCACCUGUAGAAACAACGACGGAACUGUAGAUAAAUAUUUUUAAGAAAUGUGUAUAGUUAUAUCGUAACUAAUUUGUAAUGAUAUAUUUAGAUAUAUUUUAAAUUUAAUUUUUUACUAUGGAUAUUUUAAUAUAAAUUUAGUUUUUAUAUAUAA